AUCCACCUAUCACGCAGAAUGCACUACAUAGACGAUCACAUCCGGGGGAGGUCAAGGCCUAUACAGUGGCUACGAGGCAGCUGCUCGAUCAACGCGCGCUGAACUUGAGCUUACCGCAUCUCCGUAUACGUCUUGACAUCUUGCUCAACGUAUCUUGCAGCGUCAAUGCAUGGUUCUUGGUCGCUCGUGGUAGAUUAGCUAUCUACCCUCACGUAGCAAGUGCGCAUACUCGCGUCUCGUCCAGUUGA